AUGCAGGUAUGUCAGAAUCUCUCGUCAACUUCUCUGGGUGUUGAAAAAGCUAUCCUGAUUCCGAUUCGUCGGGUUUUGCAGCCGCAGCAGAUAAAGCUCACAAGAGCCAGACACAAAAGCGCCGACCUUGGCCGGUUGGCUUGGUUAAAGCGGAGUUCCGGUUCCAUUCGGACAGAUAGUGGGCCGCGACACACCCAGACUAAAAUGCGUGUAUCUGCUGAAUUUAAUGGUAUACCCUCACUUCUAGGACCAUUGGCGUUCAAAGUUCCAAUGGCGAGCGAUCUGGAUCACAGGCUAUUCUGCGGAACAUCCUUGUUCCAAAGCUAA